CACAUCUGUAUGUAUAAUCGGUGUAAUGUCAAAUACAUAACGCAUAACGUUCUACGUAUGUGAUUUUUUUACUCUUUGCAAAUGCAACCGCCGUAUUAUUAUUGGAUUUUUACUUCUGGAGUUCCAGGUGCAUUCAAAAAUUAUUGAGAUCACUCGUGAUUUGGUGGGUGAUGGUAAAUAAAGCGGCAUAGUACUUGGUGCAAUGGAAGAUUUUGUUAACAUUACCACUAAAACGGACUGGACGGAGGUGGGAAAAUGUUUGGAACGCUUUUGCAAUGAUUGUGCCACGAAAAUGAAGUUUGAGGAAUUGGAUAAGGGGGAUAUGAGAUCUACAGUUUGGGGUGAAGUUUUUAGAAGGCUAUUUGAUGAGAGUCAAUGUGAGAUUCAUCUCAAGUGCUUGCAGACACUCAGGAUUCUCAGCCGGGAUAAGACGGAUAUAAAUCAAUUGAUUAUGGAUGACAGACUGAGCAUAAUUAUCUAUAAAGCAGGCCUGUCUACCGACCACUUGAAACUCUCUUACGAUAUAGUUAUUGUGGAAGCGUUGAAACUCCUCUGCAAUGCAAUCUACCAGUCUGACGUGAUUCAAAUUCAACUGCCAAAAACUGGGUGUUUAAAAAAUCUAGUGAAAAGAAUCGAAAAUGAAAAUUCAAAAUCUGAAUUCACCUAUAACAUCGGAUUAUUGUUCGACCUAAGACUUAUGUUUCUGGCAACAGCCUACAAUUCAGCGUGCCGGAAUGCUUUAAGAGAGGAAGUGAGAGCUGAUAGUGAAUUGAUAAAGACUCUGGACAAAUUGUCCAAUGAAAUAAAGUCAGAAAAACUAGACGAAUUGCGAGAAAAUUUGAUUGAAAUAGCUUGUGAAGUAUUGAAGGCACUUUUCAAUAUAUAUAUUGACUCGAAUGAUUCUACGGAUGAUCUUAAAAGUCAACAUAAGAAAUUAGUUGAAGUUCUUUACAGACUACUUUUGAUUGAAUCAGGGACAGAUGAUUUGCACAGUCACAUUGUGAAUUUACUCACUGUCAUUCCGCCCAGUUGUUUUGAUCCAAUUAUUCCCUCGCUGAAUGCAAUUAAAAAAAUCGGGUGUCAUGAUAUUCACGAGAAUAUGGACAUGACAGCGGUCCAUAAAUUAUUACUCUUCUUGAACAAGAGACUGAACAGGCCGCACGUUCUAACUGAUAACAUCUCUCCAAUUGUCACUGUUCUGUUAAAACUAACAAAGAGUCAAAGAUUGAUACGAAAAUGGGUUAGGCAACAAGUUCUGCCUACUCUGAAAGGACAGGAUGUGAUGCAUAGGCCUGAAGAGGACCCUCAUGUAAGAGGCAAAUUAUGCAAAUUGCUAACUAGUCCUAUUACUGAAAUUAGAGACCUUGUGGCUGAAUUUUUGUUCGUUCUUUGCAAGGAAAAUGUGGGGAGGAUGAUCAAGUAUACUGGUUAUGGAAAUGCAGCAGGGAUGUUUGCUAAUAAAGGAUUAUUAGGUGGAGUGCAAAGAGAGACCGAAUAUUCAUCAGAGUCUGGAGAGAGUGAUACUGAGGAAUACGCUAAAUAUAAGGAAAAUAUCAACCCAGUGACAGGAUGCUAUGAGAAAGUUAAACCUCAACCAUUCGAGGGGAUGACUGAAGAGCAAAUGGAACAUGAAGUAAUGAAUCUUGUGAAUCUCGUGAGUCAGUUGGCUGACAAUAAAAUAAUUCAACCAUGCACCAUAGGCGAAGAUGGAAAACCUAGGCCCGUGCAGCACGUCCUAGAACUUCAAGAAGGACUUCCACGAAACCAAAAAUCAUUAAAAAAUGAUAGUGAUUCCGACUAAAAUAAAUGAAUAAUCAUAAAUUUCGAAUGUUUAUCAUUUGAAUUUUUAAUUUAUUGUAAAAGAACAAAGAACAACAUUACAAAUAAAACAAUUGGC